AUGAUUACCUUCUAUGAUAUCCCGUCGAAACUGUCGUCGCGGGCCUGGUCGCCAAACACAUUCAAAACACGAUUGUCGCUCAACUAUAAGGGCAUUCCAUACAGAACGGAGUGGGUUGAAUAUCCAGAUAUCGAGCCCACCAUGAAGCAAAUCGGUGGACUUCCGACACGCAAGAAAGAGGAUGGUCGUGACCACUAUACACUCCCAGCGAUCCACGACUCGACAACAGGCAAAGUGGUCACCGAUUCUAACGCCAUCGCGGAAUACCUUGAUGCGACGUAUCCCGAUACUCCAGUGCUCCUCCCACCAGGUACAAAGGCGGCGGUAGCAGCACUCGAACACAUCUUCAUGAAGAAUAUUAUGACGAUACUUCCCAUCGGGAUGCCGGGUGUGCUUGGUAUACUCAACCCCCCAAGCGAGACAUAUUGGCGACGUAAAGCGGAAUGGCCUGUACCGCCGAGUUCAGAACGUGAUGCGAUUUUGAAGCAGCUCAAGGAGGAUCUAGACAUUCUCGCAGGAUUUUACGACAGGAAUGGAGAAGGGAAACAAUUCUUCUUCGCUGAUAAAUUCUCAUUUGCGGAUGCUAUCGUCGUUGGAUUCUUGGCUUGGAUUAAAGUCGUCCUUGGCGCUGAAAACAACGUGUGGAAGGCAAUUUCGACGUGGAGUGACGGAAGAUGGGGGAAAUUAGUUGAGUCAACGAAGGACCUGCAAGUGUGA